CAGCUUAACCCUAAAACCUUUAUACUCGUUGUCUCGUUCUCACUGCCCUCCGUCCGUCGCGUUUGAUCGUUCGAUUCGCCGUAGCUCAAAUCCAAAAAGAUGAGGCCGAUUCUGAUGAAAGGGCACGAGAGGCCCUUGACCUUCCUCAAGUACAACCGCGACGGCGACCUCCUCUUCUCCUGCGCCAAGGACCACACCCCCAACGUCUGGUUCGCCGACAACGGCGAGCGCCUCGGCACCUACCGCGGCCACAACGGCGCCGUUUGGUGCUGCGACGUCUCACGUGACUCCUCCCGCCUCAUCACCGGUAGCGCAGAUCAGAGCGCCAAGCUCUGGGAUGUUCGGUCCGGCCACCAGGUCUUCACCUUCAACUUCGACUCUCCAACCCGGUCGGUUGAGUUCUCCGUCGGCGAUCGGCUCGCCGUCAUCACCACCGACCCCUUCAUGGAGCUCACUUCCGCUAUCCACGUCAAACGCAUCGCCGCCGACCCCGCCGACCAGACUGCGGAGUCGAUUCUGACGCUGAAGGUGCCUCAGGGGAGGAUGAAGAUCAACAGAGCUGUCUGGGGGCCGUUGAACAGCACUAUCAUAAGCGCCGGAGAAGAUGCCGUCAUUCGUAUUUGGGAUUCUGAGACUGGGAAGCUACUACAAGAGAAUGCGAAGGACGAGGGGCACACGAAGACGAUUACUUCACUAGUAAAAUCUCCUGAUGGUUCACACUUUCUAACCGGUUCGCACGAUAAGUCUGCCAAGCUUUGGGAUACAAGAACAUUGGCUCUUAUCAAGACAUACCGGACUGAGAGUCCAGUCAAUGCAGUUGCAAUGUCGCCUCUUCUCAAUCAUAUUGUACUUGGUGGUGGUCAGGAUGCAGUCAAUGUCACCAUGACUGAUCAUCGAGCUGGGAAAUUUGAAGCCAAAUUCUAUGACAAGAUUCUUCAAGAAGAGAUUGGAGGUGUUAAAGGGCAUUUUGGACCUAUUAAUGCUUUGGCUUUCAACCCUGAUGGUAAAAGUUUCUCAAGUGGAGGUGAAGAUGGUUACAUACGUUUGCAUCACUUCGACCAUGAUUACUUCAACAUCAAGAUUUAGCUUUGAAGUCAAUUUUGAUAUCAGUCGUAGCUCGGGAGCUUGUUGGAACCUUAUUCUCUCCCUUCACAAAAUAGCUGUUUUUAGCGAUCAUUUACAUAGCUUUGAUAUUGCAAUUAAACCAUGUUCCUUAUUUGCUCUUUUGCUUGUUGUUGGAACAAUGUAUUUGUAGAAGAUUCUGUAGAUGAGAAUGAUCUUAUUUAUCCUUCUAGUUGCUUGCA